AUGUCUGGACGUCCCCGCUCACCACCUCGCCGGGGCGGCGACUCACGCCGUGAUGAUCGCUAUCGUAGAGACGACCGCCGGGACCGCGGCGGCGAUGACAGACGGGGAGAUGACCGCUACUACCGCCGCCGUUCUCCAGAGCCUCGAGACCGCUUCAGCCAAGACAGAGACCUCAUCUCGUCUCGUGCUACCCGUGACCGUCGCUACGAAGAACGUCCGCUCACCGAUCGCUCGCAUGACAGGAAGCGUUCUAGAGAGAGAUCGCCCGUAAAAGACCGUAGAGAUAGACCUCGUGAUUCUCGCCAUCACCGUGACGACUCGCGUGACAGAAAGCGCCCUAGACGUACCGACUCGAUUGAGUCCAGAAGUCGGACCGCGCGCGACGAUCCCAGAGGCACUACGAAACUCGAUGCUCCAGCCUCGGCCCAUACCGCAGACAAGGCCGCAGAAGAAGAACGAAAGAAGCUCGAGCGUCAGGCAAAGGUCGAGGCCUGGAAGAAGAAGCAGGAGGAAAAGAAGAAGCUGCCUCAGUCACCCGCUACGCCCGCGACCCCCGCAACUCCUGCACGCGCUGCGAGUCCGACUGACACAGCCGCAUCUUCGCCCAAACCAGUCUCUCAGGACGAGCCUCAGAAGGGCUUUGCUGGUGGAAAAUUCGAUCCCAAGGCCAUCGCAAAGAAGGCGGCAGCUGCCACGGCGAAGCUCUCUGCGCUUGGAAGUGAUGUCUCUAUACCCGGGAAGUCCAAGAAUGCCGCUCUUGCGGCUCCUCUUACUGCCAACAAAGCGGCUGACUUUAGCAAGAAACCUUUUGUCCCUCAGACCAAGGCCGCGUCCAAUGCCCUGAAAAAAGGCUUCGGCCUGACCGCCUCGUCCGCUGAAGAGAAAACGACUUCUCAGCCGGCACCCGCCAUCGACAUGGACGACGAACAAGUCGAACGUCGCAAGUUAGAGAAGCUUCCUACACCCGAUCUUGAAGAUACUGGGGAUGCCGCGCUUGCUAACCCGAACGGCACUCAUGAUGACGAUGGUGAUGUCGACAUCGCUGAUGCAGGAUCCGAUCAAGAUAUUGACUCUGCCGCGCGCCUCGCUGCAGAAAGACGUGCUACCCAGGCCGCCAAGGCUUCUGUAGAUGAUGCCGAUGACGACGACGCUAUGGAGGGAGUGCAAACUACUCAGAGCGCUAACAUUGUUGAAGAAGAUGACAUCGAUCCCCUUGACGCCUACAUGAACGAUCUAGCUGGCGAAGCUCCCAUGCCCACCCGCAAGUUCACAAAGACCAAGAUUCGCGAAGCCGAAGACGUCUUUGGCGAUCAAGACGGUGCAGAUCUAGAUGCAAUGGGAGAAGACGCUGAUGACAUUCUUGCUCAGGUGGCCCAGAAGAAAAAGAAGAAGGAAAUCCCCAACCUCGAUCAUUCCAAGAUCGACUACGAGCCCUUCCGCAAAGCCUUCUACACCGAGCCUUACGAAGUUGGACAAAUGACCGACGAAGACGUGAGAGACCUUCGCUUCAAGCUUGACGACAUCAAAGUUCAAGGCUCAAAGGUACCUCGCCCCGCUCUGAAGUUCGCCCAAUUCGGUCUCGGAACUCAAGUCCUAGAUGUCAUCCGUGAUCUUGGAUUCGAGAUGCCCACUCCUAUUCAGGCUCAGACCAUUCCCGCAAUCAUGUCUGGACGCGACGUCAUUGGUGUUGCCAAGACAGGUUCGGGCAAAACUGUUGCCUUCUUGCUACCCAUGUUCCGUCACAUUAAAGACCAGCGUCCGAUCGAAAGCAUGGAAGGCCCCAUUGGGCUGAUCAUGGCUCCAACGCGUGAGCUUGCAGUGCAGAUCCAUCGCGAGUGUAAGCCAUAUCUUAAAGUCCUCGGCCUUCGCGCUGUAUGUUGUUACGGUGGCGCACCUAUCAAGGACCAGAUUGCAGAGCUGAAGAAGGGUGCCGAGAUCAUUGUCGCUACGCCUGGUCGGCUGGUCGAUCUCCUCGCUGCCAAUUCUGGUAGAGUCACCAAUCUCCGCCGUGUUACCUAUGUUGUCCUCGACGAAGCAGAUCGCAUGUUCGACAUGGGUUUCGAGCCCCAAGUCGUCAAGGUUCUUACUAACAUCCGCCCCGAUCACCAGACAGUUCUCUUCUCGGCUACUCUGCCACGCACCAUGGAAUCGCUCGCCCGCAAAGUGGUGCACAAGCCUGUGCAAAUCACUGUUGGUGGUCGUAGCACAGUCGCAGACACUAUCACCCAAAAAAUCGAGGUGCGUCCCGAAUCAACCAAGAUGUAUCGUACACUUGAAGCUCUUGGGGAUCUGUUUGAGCAUGACGAAGACGCUCGUGCUUUGAUCUUUGUGGAGCGCCAAGAAUCCGCAGACGACAUGAUGAUCCAGCUUCAACAGAAAGGAUAUCCCGCGGUCUCGAUUCACGGUGGAAGGGAACAGAUUGAUCGUGAUGCUGCUAUUCAAGACUUCAAGAGUGGUGUUAUCCCUGUAAUGGUUGCAACGUCGGUCGCUGCUCGAGGCCUCGAUGUCAAGCAACUCAAGCUUGUGAUCAACUACGACUCGCCCAACCAUUUGGAAGAUUAUGUCCACAGAUCUGGACGUACUGGUCGAGCUGGCGAGAAGGGUACAGCUAUCACGUUCGUCACACCAGAGCAGUCAAAAUACUCUGUCGACCUGGUCAAGGCUCUCAAAAUGAGUAACCAGGACAUACCGGAGGAGUUACAGAAAAUGUCGACCGAAUUUCUUGAGCGCGUCAAAGCGGGCAAGGAGAAGGGAGCCGCCAUUGGUUUCGGUGGCAGAGGUAUCGAACGUUUCGAAGAGCAACGAGCAGCUGAACGUCAGCGUGAACGUAAAGCUCAUAAGCUCGAAGGCGAAGAAGAGGAAGAGGAGGAGAAAGACAAGAAGAAGGCACCUGAAGACAACAUCAACGUCGUCAAAAAGACAGGUUCUCCUCCACCUUCUACGAACGCAAAUGUCCCUGGUGUACCAGCACACAUCGACCUUAACGCCGAUAUCAAGGUGCAUAAGACCGAGACUCCUGCACCUGCAAGCAACCGUCCUUUGGAUCGUGUUGCGGCCGCUGCUGCGAACAUCAACUCUCGUCUUGGUGCGCGUAACGCGACCCGCCCUGGUGUGCCCAUCGACAACAAAGGACCUGAUGCUGGUGCUUACCAUGCCACGCUCGAAAUCAACGACUUCCCUCAGAAAGCACGCUGGGCUGUCACCAAUCGUACGAAUGUGGCCAAGAUUCUCGAAUCUACUGGUGUAUCCAUUACCUCCAAAGGCAACUUCUACGCUGCCGGUAAAGACCCAGGUCCCACCGACGCUCCCAAGCUCUACAUUCUUGUCGAGGGCGAUACAGAACUUCAAGUCACUCAAGCUAUGCGUGAUCUGCAACGUUUGUUGAAGGAGGGAACAAUUGCAGCCGCCGACAGCGAAGCUCGCGCUCCUACGACAGGUCGUUACACGGUUACGUGA